AUGACAAGUAACCAAGUACCCGACUGGGUGACUCAGGAACUUUUUGAGGAUGUCCUUAAAUCGAAUGUCGAGGGAUACUCGAAAAUCAGAAGUUUUAGGGCGGGAAGUGGAACUGCGCCAGGAAAAACAUACAUGAAUGUUAUGCUUAGAGUUCAUAUGGAAGUGGAGAUUCAAGGUGAGUUCUAUCUCUCGUCGGCAGAACUGUUCCUGAUAUCAACUGUCUGUCCUUCAGAUGGCACAACCAAACAGAUAUCUUACAUGGUUAAGUUGCCACAUCAAUCGAAGGUCUACGAGGAACUAAUGAAGCACACCGAUCUGUUCGGAACCGAGCGCACAAUGUUCAAAGAGGUGGUUCCCGAAAUGGAGGCUCUUUACAAGGCGGCGGGCUUGGAUGUCACCUUCGGUGCCAAAAGCUACGAUCUGAAGAAUGCCAAGACAAAGUACCUAGCGAUGGAGGAUCUAUGCACCAAGGGGUUCAAGAUCGCCAAUCGUCUCGAAGGACUCGAUCAGGAGCACACUGAGAGAGCUCUUCGAAAGUUGGCCCAAUGGCAUGCUGCAAGCGCUGUGCGAAUAUCCACUAAGGGACACUAUCCAGAAACCCUGCUGAAAGGAUUUUACAUGGAGGAAAACAGGCCAAUUAUGCUUCAAGUGACGGACAGCAAUAGUCAGCUAUUCCUCAAAUGCUGUAAAACCUACGAUAGUAACGAGGCAUACAUCGACAAAAUCAAAGCCCUAAGACCUGUGUUAAUAGAUGAGAUGUUUAAGUUAGCCCAAAUCGAUACAACGGACUUUAAUGUGAUAAACCACGGCGACUUCUGGACGGAUAACAUUAUGUUCCAGUACGAUGAUUCCGGAAAAAUCAAGGAGGUUUAUUUGGUCGACUUUCAGGUCGUGCAAUACGGAUCUGUGGCUCAGGACUUGUACUCCUUACUAAUAUCUUCCACGAAACUGGAAGAUAAACUGAGCAAAUUCGACCACUACAUAAAGGUGUACCAUGAUAGUUUGGUAGAGCACCUGAAAAUCCUGAAUUACCCCAAGCCAAUACCAAGCCUGCGUGAAAUGCAUCAAACGAUGUUCAAAUACGGACUUUGGGGUUACAAUAUAGCCACUGGUCUAAUGUGUGCCGUAUUAGCAGAUCCAAAAGAGGGUGUCGGUUUUGAGGAAUUCGAAAGCGAAUCCGAUGAGGGAUUGGACUUGCAUAUGCAAAUGUACAACAAUGCACGCUACCGAAAACACAUCCAGGCGAUUCUGCCCUGGCUGCUUCAUCGGGGCGCUCUGGAUAUGAGUUAGUGAUAUACUAUCCAUUAAGGUCCGUGACUUCCUGGUACAAGAUGCAAAAGUAUUUCGUGAACAUACAGCUUUCACCUUUCGUAAAAAGGUGAACAAAAAUUUAUUAAAAAAAAACAAAUAUGAAACCUAUUAAAUCGUUUCUAAUGUACAACCACACAUUCCGUGACUAAUUUAGUACAUAAUUCAAUGUUUAAUGUUGUCAAA